GUCUUUCAACCCAUUCUUCCUGCCAUUUUGUCCUUCUAAUUUGAUAGUUUUUCUUCGUGGUGAUCCUUUCACUCUGUUUCUUUGAUUUCUAAAUCAUGCUUCGAGCUGUUAUUACUCGACUGGCUCUACCAGUUGCUCGUCAUGCUAUACAGACGGUGAAAGUUCAACACCAUCCGUCUUUAGCUGUAUUUGCUGUUCGACACUUUAAAGCACCAGCAGGAGAAUCAGAUGAAGAUUUCGAUACUCGCUAUGAAAACCAUUUCAGACAACCUAACCUUGAUGGCUGGGAAAUCAGGAAAGCUAUGAAUGAAUUAUGCAGCAUGGAUCUUGUUCCUGAACCAAGAAUUAUUAUUGCUGCCAUGCAUGCUUGCAGAAGAUUGAAUGAUUAUGCUCUUGCUGUCAGGUUUCUUGAAGCUAUCAAGGACAAAUGUGGUAGCCGAGUGAAGGAAAUCUGGCCCUAUGUUAUACAAGAGAUCCAACCAACAUUAGAUGAAUUAGGCAUUCUCACACCUGAAGAGAUGGGUUAUGACAAACCAGAGCUUGCUCUGAAAAGUGUAUAUGACAUGUAAUUUUAGUAAUAUUGUUUAGGUAAAUAAAACUGAAAAACUACAAAUUAGACUCUUACUUUUGGAAGAAAUAAAAAAAAAAAAAUUUCAACUGAUUUAUUUGUUAUCCUUCUGUUAAUAAACAAACAUAUUUUAGGG